CAAAAACUGCCUUCCCCACAUGGCCUUGCGCCUAGGCGCAUGAGCUCUCCAUAGCUUUAGCGCAUCUAUUAUGCUGCCUUGCUGGGGAUAAAAAGAAGAGCAACUGGAGGGACUAUAAGGCAAACGUUGCUGGAGCUGCCGGGGCAAAGUUGCAUGGUUGGUCCCUGGAAAUGGGAUGUCAAUCCCAUUCAGGGAGCAUAAAGGAAGACAGAGAAUCUCCUAGUUGCUGCUGCAACAGUAAGUGAGACCCAGAGAUAGGAAAAUGUCGACUGUCACAUCAGCGAUACAGGCUCCACAGGGCCCUGUCAAUCCACCCCCCCCAGAAGUCACCAACCCCAACAAGCCUGGGCGGAAGACCAAUCAGUUGCAGUACAUGCAAAAUGUUGUGGUGAAGACCUUGUGGAAGCAUCAGUUUGCUUGGCCCUUCUACCAACCCGUCGAUGCAAUUAAAUUGAAUUUACCAGAUUAUCACAAAAUAAUCAAAAACCCGAUGGACAUGGGGACAAUUAAGAAGCGACUGGAACAUAACUAUUACUGGAGUGCCAGUGAAUGCAUGCAGGAUUUCAACACAAUGUUUACAAAUUGUUACAUUUACAACAAGCCCACGGAUGACAUCGUCCUCAUGGCACAAGCCCUGGAGAAGAUUUUUCUGCAGAAAGUAGCCCAGAUGCCCCAGGAGGAAGUUGAGUUAUUACCACCGGUCCCUAAAGGCAAAGGUCGCAAGCCAGCAGCGGGGGCACAGAGUGCAGGAGCGCAGCAAGCAGCAGCCGUGUCCUCUGUCUCCCCGCCAGCCCCUUUCCAGAGCGUCCCUCCAGCUGUCUCCCAGACACCCGUUAUCGCCGCCACGCCUGUGCCAACCAUCACCGCAAACGUCCCGCCUGUAACUGCACCUCCUGCUGCCGCUGCCCCUCCUCCUGCUGCUCCAAUUAUGACCGUGGUUCCUCCCACGCCACCUGUCGUCAAGAAAAAGGGAGUGAAGCGAAAAGCAGACACGACCACGCCCACCACCUCGGCCAUCACUGCCAGCCGGAGCGAGUCGCCCACCCCGCUGUCAGACCCCAAGCAGGCGAAAGUCGUUGCUCGCCGAGAGAGCGGCGGCCGGCCAAUCAAGCCACCAAAGAAAGACCUCGAAGACGGGGAGGUCCCCCAGCACGCGGGGAAGAAGGGCAAACUUUCUGAGCACCUCAAGUACUGUGACAGCAUCCUGAAGGAGAUGCUCUCUAAGAAACACGCGGCCUAUGCAUGGCCCUUUUACAAGCCUGUCGAUGCCGAGGCCUUGGAAUUACAUGACUAUCAUGAUAUUAUCAAACACCCCAUGGAUCUCAGUACUGUGAAAAAAAAAAUGGACAGCCGGGAAUACCAGGACGCACAAGGUUUUGCAGCGGAUAUUCGGUUAAUGUUCUCUAAUUGUUACAAGUACAAUCCCCCAGACCACGAAGUUGUAGCCAUGGCCAGGAAACUCCAGGACGUUUUCGAGAUGAGAUUUGCAAAGAUGCCAGACGAGCCCGUGGAGCCCCCGCCCCCACCUCCUCCGACGGCGCCGGUCGUCAGCAAAAGCACGGAAAGCAGCCACAGCAGCGAGGAGAGUUCGUCUGACUCGGACAGCUCCGACUCUGAAGAAGAGCGAGCGACCAGGCUGGCUGAGCUCCAGGAGCAGCUGAAGGCCGUCCAUGAGCAGCUAGCUGCUUUGUCGCAAGCGCCCGUGAACAAACCAAAGAAAAAAAAAGAGAAGAAGGAAAAAGAGAAGAAAAAGAAAGACAAGGAGAAAGAGAAAGAAAAAGAGAAGCACAAAGUGAAAGCCGAGGAGGAGAAGAAACCCAAGGUGUCCCAACCAGCCAAACAGACCCAGCAGAAGAAAGCACCAGCUAAAAAAGCAAACAGCACGACCACAGCUAACAGGCAGCCUAAAAAAGGAGGCAAGCAGGCACCUGCACCCUACGACUCUGAGGAGGAGGAGGAGGGCUUGCCCAUGACCUAUGAUGAGAAGCGGCAGCUCAGCUUGGACAUCAACCGCCUGCCGGGGGAAAAGCUGGGCCGGGUAGUGCACAUCAUCCAAUCCCGGGAACCUUCCCUCAGGGACUCCAACCCCGAUGAGAUAGAAAUAGAUUUUGAAACCUUGAAGCCCACCACUUUACGAGAACUGGAGAGAUACGUCAAGUCUUGUUUACAGAAAAAACAAAGGAAACCAUUUUUCUCAGAAAUUGUGCGUUCCUCCUCCACAGCUGCAAGUGGGAAAAAGCAAGCAGCAAAAUCUAAAGAAGAGUUAGCUCAGGAAAAGAAGAAAGAGUUAGAAAAACGGUUACAGGAUGUCAGCGGGCAGCUAAACAACAACAAGAAACCUGCAAAAAAAGAAAAGUCCAGCUCUGCUCCAUCCGGAGGCCCUUCCCGUCUCAGCAGCAGCAGCUCCUCAGAAUCCGGAAGCAGCAGCUCAAGCGGAUCCAGUUCGGACAGCAGCGAUUCGGAAUAAACUACAGACACUUAAAAAAAAAAAAAAAAAAAAAAAAAAGGACAACAUACACACCAAUACUCUGCAGUGUUCCCUUCUAUGGUUAAUAUACUACUCUUGUUCCAUGGUGGUCAGGUUUUUCUCUCUCUCUCUCUCUCUCUCUUAUUUUUUCAAUUUUUUUAAAAAAUUCAGUGUUAUAAAAUAUCUUCCAAUUUUUUUCUUUGCUUUUAAUAGGUCAAAGAUCUUUUUUGUGUGUGCGUGUGACUAGACUUUAUGAUAAGUAGUUCACUUUGCGUAAAGUCUCUAAAUUUUUUUAACUGAAGAUGGUUGCUUGGAUGUGACAAGAGCUUUGAACUCUUAACAAGAGAUCCAUAGAAAAAUCUGCAAGGUGUAGUAUACAGUUUUUUGGGUUUUUUUUUUUUUCCAAAGUUCCCUUUUAAUACACCCAACCUGGCUCACUACGACGCAAGGAAAAAAAUUUUUUAAAAAGAAAUCUCUGUAAAAUGGUACUGUAUCUGAAAGAUGUUAGCUUUUGAACUAGUUGGUGUAUUUGUUAUUAGCACUAGUAUUCUUAAUCUCCAAGUCUACAGUGUGAUGAAAAUGUCAGAUGCUAUCAUCUUUUUACAUAAAAAGACAAAAACAAAAACUCAUGUACUGUGGAUUGUUAAAAUGUAUCCUUUUUGGGGGGAGGGGGGAUAGAGGCAUAGGCUCCAAUUCAGGAAGGUACUUAAGCAUGUGCUUGACUUUAAGCAUGUGAGCAGUAGAGCUGGUCAGGCCCCCCCCGCCCUGCCGUGAAAAUUUUGACUUUUUGUUGAAAAAAUAAAACACGUUCAGGCUUUCAACAAAAAUCAACAAUUUUUUGAGGAAAAUCAACACUUUGUGUCAAUGAAAACCUCCAAUUCCCCAUCAAAAAAUUUUCAACCACCCUAAUGAGCCAGACCCCCGGACGUCAAGGAGACAACCCACAUGCUCAAAAUCAGAUAUGUGCUCCAAGUACCUUCCCAGAUCAGAGGCUCUAGACGGGUCGGGGAUAAAGUGGGCACUGUAGUUUCGGCCCAGGCCACGUCACCAAUGGAAUGGGGCAGGGAGGUGGAAUGUUUUUUAUCCUAUCUUUAUAUCAGCAAGGAGCUCCCAGGAGGGAACGCUACAUCUGUGUCUCGCAGGGUGCAGGUUUCCAAACACUGAAACUUUUACCUCAAGAAAAAAAAGAAGUGGGGGUGUGGGGGAGGGGGGGGGGGGAGGACGGAAAACCAGAAAAAAAAAAAGACUUUUUUUCCCCCCGUAAGGCUCCGCAAUUUUCUAUGAGAGUCCAGCCUAACAUUUAAACCUGCACUGCUGCAACACGUACAUCAUUGCCACUGUCCCUAAUUUCAUGUAUAUAUAAAUACUUUAUUUAUUAACACCAUUGGUCAUUUGAAACAUUAAGAAACCUGCAUUGUGAAGAACAGCAGAAAUGCAGAGGGGUUUUUUAAAUGGUUCGAACCAGCCUAAAAAAAUAAAUAAAUCUGAGACCUUAUUUAAAUGUAUUGGACUUUUUACCGACAGGUGCUACGGUCCAUUAUUUCCUGUGUCGGUGUUCUAUCACGGUUUGUGUACUCAGUUUGUUUCUUCUUUUCUCCUGCUUUUUUUGUACAGAAUUUGGAGACUUACAGGUAUAGAUGACUUCCCGAUGCUGCACAUUUCCCUUUUCUCUUAUUUGUAAUUUUUCCACAGAUCUUUCUCUCUCUCUCUGUUUUUGUUUUGUUUUGUUUUUUUAAUCCAGUUUUAGGAAAACCCCAGUUCUGUAAUAUGAACUUUGUAAUCUGGGGGGGCAGAAAUGUAUAGUAAAUUGAAUUCUUGAUUUUUUAAAAAAAACUUUUUAUUGUAAAGAAAAAAAAAUAUACAGAGUUUAACAGAAGUUAUGCUUUUCCAUAUCCCAGCCCCCAGUUCCCUGAGGCUACCUUGUUGCCUCGAACAUGGACAGCCUUGACAUUUGCCCUGCUGAGGCCCAUAUUAGCAGACUGCCAAGAGCCUUUGGGCUGCACCUUACCCUCAUAAAGUGGUGCAGGUUGCAGCUGUCCUCAUUUUAUAAUAGAGGGGUAUGGCCUAUGAGGACUGCAAAUCCCAGCAUGCAAUGUUCCCAGCAAGUUUAGCUUCCAAAGAGCUAGAAAGGAAACUUUGCAUGCUGGGACAUGUGGUCCCAGUAGGCCACACCUCUUUUUUGAAAGUGAGGGAAUCUAUGGGACCUGUUGCUAGAACACCAUGGCUUGCACUUUUGGGCAUCUUUGCGCUAAAAUGUUCAUUUUGGUGCAAAUGUUACUGUAUCCAGGCUCAAUUGUCACUCACUUAAUUCCCAUGUAACCACAUUUUAUUGGACAGACUUUCAGAGGAUAGACUCUUGGAGAUUAAAUAGGUGGCUUACCCUUGCAUCUGUCUAUCAACUACAUCAUCGUCCCCUCAGUCAGCAUUUCAGGAAAGCUGGUGAGGUAUUCCGACGUGACCGUCAUGCAGCUGAAGCGGCUCUGUGUACGUGUCUUAAUGACAAAACCAGCAGCAGUAGUCCACAGAAUCUGCCAAAGCCCCAGGAAGCAUUAUCCUCUUGUGCUAUAGGAAUGGAGCCUGAUUCUGUAAGACACUGAAUGCCUCCUAUAGGCUGCUGAAGAGCCUCUAGUCGCUUUGAAAUCAAUGGGCUAUUCAGCCAUUCUGCAGGAGGUGCUCAGGGCCUUGCAGAAUUGGGGCCUAAAGCAUUUGCAAGGAAUGGAUGAAUGAGGGUCUCCAGCAUCUUACUGAAAUUAACAAUUUACCUUUUUCAUUAAACUGAGGUUCAUUUUAGUUCCUAUAUUUUUUUAAACACUGCCCUUCGUUGUUUAAAAAAAAAAAAAAAAAAAAUCUUCUCCCCCAAACAGAUCCUUAGUAAUAUAUUUUUAAAAGUUACUGUGAGGAAAUGUAAUAUACAUCUAAUUAGAGCUUACGGUGGGUUUUUUUGUUUUUGUUUAAUUCUUUUUGAAGGGUGGGUUUGCCUCUUUGCUUUUUUGUUUUUGUUUUAACCUUUAAUGCGUGUUAAAUGAAACUGAGGAUUAUUUGGUUUUAAAUAGAUCUGAGCAAUUCAAUGCCAAUCUGGAAAAAAUCCUGAGAAAUAAGCUAUUUCCUUCAUACUGAAAUCCUCCCCCACGUGCAUCUGGGUUACAUCUAUUAAAUUAAUAUGAAAUUCACUCAGGGACGUAGUCAUUGGUGGCAAUUUAUGCAAGCUGAUGAUCUUUCCCGGAGUCUUUACAUCAAGUAAAUAAAAAGAAGUUUGAUACUUGUAAGAAAAUGGGGGUAAAAAAAACAAACAAACACCCACAGCAGAAAAGAGAAGAAUGUGCAUGUCCCUAAUCAACUAGUGUCAGUAUAUCAUUUAAAAGCUUUAUCAAAUGAUCAUAGGCUAAGGCUAUUUCUUGUCUCGCCAUAAGGCCUAGACUCCUGUGGAAGCUGAGGAAUAUCAGACUCCCAGGGAUCAGGCCCUAGUUCACCUAGAAGACAAAUGUGUUGGUUAAAACUUUUUCACUGAAUAGAUACAGUUGACGCAAAACAAAUUCAGUUUUUUUAUUGCUGUGAUUUUAAACUUUCCUAUAAACAGGGUUUGAAAUUGUAGAACUGAUUUCCAUUCAGAAUGUAAAAAGAUGUAUAACCAGUUACUACUUUUUUACACACACACACGCAUGCAUUCAAAUAGUACUCGGGUUGUGGCCUCGUUCCAUGUUCUCUGGUUGGUGGAAUCAGACUACAGUUACCUAAUUUAAUUUUCUCUAUUUUUUUUUCUACUUUUGGGACUCUUAGACCAGUUUUUAAUUUGUUUCCUUUUUUUAAAUGAUGUUUUUUACCGCUAGGGUUGGGGCUUGACCAAAAAAUACCCAACUUUUUAGUAAUGGAUUUUAAAAAUACAUGUUCUAAAACACAAGCAAUUCGCAUUAUGGUGCAAUUAUGGUGCAAUUGUGGGCAGGCUGUGAGUUAUACGAGAUUAAUACAGGGCAGGAGGAGGUCAUUACAUUAGCAGCAUUAUCCUCCUUGUAAAAUGGUUAGAUGCAUUUUUUAAAAAUGGUAUUUACAUAUCUUUUUAAAAAAUCAUUUUUUAAAAAUAAAUAAAACAACCCACCAGCUAGGAUUUGACACGGGCCUUUUAGAGCUUACGCCCCGAUAACUGGCAUAACAAUUCCAAAACAAUUUGUUGUUGUACAUUUUGUUCUUUUUCCUUUUUUUUAAAUAUUUAAAACAAAUGUUACUUUUCUGUAUGAUGUGCAUGCAAAUUUACCGUAACUCUUUUUCUUAAGACUUUUUAGUGCCAUUUCUAGUAUAUUCCUGUAAAUGUCAGUUACUGAAGAAUGAGUCAAUGUAACUAGUUUUAGCUUGUUUAUUGCAAAUGCUGGCCUCGACACAACAAAAUUAAAAAAAAAAAAGUUAGAAAGUAAUCUUUGAUGUUACUGGUAAUCAUGGACCCCUCUCCUGGGGCAUUUGUUUUGUUUUCAUAAUAAAAAAGAAAAAAUGUC